AAAAAGGAGAAAAAAAAAAGAAGAAAAAAGAGAUGAAGAGUUGCUCCGAGGAACGAGAGAGAAAACUGUGACAGAACUGUGCGAGAUGUGUGCUUGAGAAAAGUUAGAAACGAUACACGAAUCUAUGGCUUGCGACCCGGGGCGCAAUAUCGGAUCCCGUACGCUCCUUACUGGCAAACGAGGACUACUGGCUGCACCGCCACUCUUGAUUUUGACAAGCUUUACUUUUGUGCGAGCUUAGUUACCCAACUAACCGGCCCGCCGCUUCUGCUAUUCUGGCCCCAUUUCGAAUUGGCAUACCGUGUGUAUUGUUCUGGUUCGACCUGCACUCAUUUCUCUGGCAUUUGCGGUCUCCCUACCUUUCCUACAUAGAUAAGAUUAACGUCAGUCCACGAAACUAAAUAUCACCAAUUCCAAGCAGUUCUUUUACAGAAUAGUCUUGUCUUUUUAAAGUUCUUCCUUUAAACGACGAAUAAAUUGUUAUCCAGGAGUCAAGAAACUGUUGUCGGAUGUUGAAUAUACAGAAUUAAAUAUACAACGUUAUGAUACGAUAUCAUCUUGAGACAAAUGUAUUGAAUUGAAACAAAAGAAGAGAAAGAAAAUGUAGGGUAGUCCAUCCAGGUUUCAUUCACCGUGAAUUACAGAGGGGAAUGAAACGAAGAAAAAUUUAGGAUCGGGCCAUCGCAUACUCACAUAGGUUUCGUAAAAGUUGCUUAUCGAAAAUUUAAGGGACAUCUUCGAUCGUCAAUUUUUCGGAACUUUCAAACCGCAGCUUUUCUCUCUCUUUCGCUGAACGACGUCCGCGGAAUGCCACUCGGAAGCAGCUGCUCUUCCCAAUAGUAGCUUUCGAUCUAAUUACUUUGACUGCACUGUGAUUAAUGAGACUACAUUAGGAGUGUAAGAGAAAUAGUAAAAGAGAGUACACAAAAUAAACCGAGAGGAAGAGAUUCUACUGACUCAUUUAUCUCGAUUUACACGAACCGAUGAAAGCAGAAGAAUCGAAGUGACAUCGCAUGAGUACAUCAACAUCAUGCUAAGUAUAUUAGCUUGUCCGUCACUUGCUAAUAAACAAGUCGAGUACGUACUAUAUAGAAAGAAAAUUUUAAAAAUAACUCCACUGUUGAUCUACAUAAACGACAAAGCAAUUAAAUAAUUAAAUGAAAAUUCAUUGGACUAUAAGAUAUACAAAUUUAAUGUACAUACGUAUACAUUGUCUUAUAUACAAUUUUUUCAAACAGAGAUAUUCAAAGGAAUGUAACAUCUUUAUUUAUGAGUAUUCUUCGCUAAUGGCUCUACUAAUCACCAUUCGCCGAAUUUCACUGGUACCAGCGCCAAUUUCGUACAAUUUAGCGUCUCUUAAAAACCUUCCAGUAGGAUAAUCAUUUAUAUAACCAUUCCCACCAAGUAUCUGAAUUGCAUCCAACGCAGCUUUGGUAGCGCACUCGGCUACGUAAAGUAUCACCGCAGCACAAUCUUUUCGACUUACAUAUCCUGCGUCGCAAGACCUAGUUACUGAAUACAAGUAACUUCUGCAAACGUUUAGACUUGUAUACAUAUUUGCUAUUUUCUCGAACUUUGCAAUCUUGAAAUACAAGUUCACCAGUGUUGGAACCUCGCAUGCCUAGUUUAUCCAAUUUCUGUGCGACACUGAAACCUUCGAAAUCUCGUUCUACGAUAAACGCCGUGAUACCGUGUUGCGGUUUAGCCGCGUUUCGAUCCGUUUUCGCAUAAACGACGAGAGUAUCAGCAUCGGGGCCAUUCGUGAUCCAAAAUUUGUGACCGUUUAAAAUAUAAUAGUCGCCUUUCCUUUCGGCUCGCAGUCUCAUAGAAAGCACGUCAGAUCCAGAUGUCGACUCUGACAUUGCAAGCGCCCCGAUAUGUUCUCCACUACACAACUUUGGUAGAUAUUUGUGCUUUUGUUCUUCAGUUCCAUUUCUGUGAAUUUGAUUAACGCACAAAUUUGAAUGGGCGCCGUAGCUGAGGCCUAUAGCUCCUGACGCCCUGCUUAAUUCCUCUAUGACGAUAACGUUAUCUAAGUACGUGCCACCUGUGCCACCGUAUUCGGAUUUCGCGGUUAUUCCUAACAAACCUAGCUUGCCGAGUUCUCUCCAAAAUUUCUUUCUGUUGUUCGUUUAAUCCGAAAAUAUUGUCGUCUAUUUUAUAAUAUUUCGAAGAAUAUCGUACAUUAAACUUAUUGUUUGGUUUUAAGAGUUUCCACGAGAAAAAUCUCGUAAAUUUAUUAGUAUAAAAUUCCAUGUUCCUAGAAUUGUUUUAUAUAUUUCAAAAUUACACAUACGAUACAAAACGCAGCUGCAGCGAUAUAUCUAGGAUAAUUAUCUUACUUUUAAUCAGAAAAAUGUGUUAGUGUUAGUGUAUAGAGAUGACCAUACUUGUUGUAUUUUGAAUAAAUAGAACUAAGUAUUUGGCAAAUUUCUAUUUAAAUAUUUCAUAUUAUAAAUUUAAUAUCAACGAAAUAUUUAUAUAAAUUUUUUAAUAAUCUAUCAACAGAACAUUUAUAUAAACUAUAUGUAUUUACCAAACAGGACAAUAUACAAUAUAUACACGUGGUAUGUACCAUGCAUUGUGUGUACAGUUAUAUUAAGCGUUGGUGCAUGGUUGUGUAUACCUAAAUAUUUAGUAUCGUAUAGAUAUUGUAUUUAUUAUCAUAUUAUUAACGUUACGACGAAAAUGUUUCGAUGAAGUAUAGGUUAGAAAAGGGUAGUAGUUUUAUUAUAUUUUGAACAAUCUAUUUCAACUGUUAUAUUAUAAUUUCCAUAAGUAGAAAGAUGGGGGAAAUGCAAGUUAAUAUUAAAUCGGAAACAAAAUAUAAUAAAGUGGUAAAACACAUCCAGGACAAAUGGAAACUUGUACCUGCCUUUCUCAAGGGAAGAGGUUUAGUUAAGCAACAUAUUGACUCAUUUAAUUAUUUUAUAAACGUAGAAAUUAAAAAAAUUGUAAAGGCAAAUGAGAAAGUGCUCAGUGACGCUGAUCCUUUAUUUUAUAUAAAAUAUUUGAACAUUCACGUUGGCAUACCAGAUGUUGAGGAAGGUUUUAAUGUAACACGUUCUAUUACUCCACAUGAAUGUCGUUUGAGAGAUUUAAAUUACUCUGCUCCAAUUACAGUUGAUAUUGAAUAUAUAAGAGGUCACCAACCAAUAAUCAAAAAUAAUUUAUUGAUUGGCAGAAUGCCUAUUAUGUUAAGAAGUUCAAACUGUGUAUUAACCGGCAAGUCGCAUUUUGAAUUGGCAAAAAUGAAUGAAUGUCCUCAUGAUCCUGGCGGUUAUUUUAUAGUGAACGGCCAAGAAAAAGUAAUUCUGAUACAAGAACAAAUGCUUAGAAAUAGAAUUAUUCUAGAGGAUGAUAUUAAAGGAUGUAUUAUAGCAUCUUGUAAUAGCUCUACUCAUGAAAGGAAAACCAAAACUAACAUUGUAGGAAAAGGUGGGAAGUAUUACAUGAGACACAACAUUUUUGUUGAUGAUAUACCAGUGACAAUAAUAUUUAAAGCAAUGGGAAUUGUUAGUGAUCAAGAAAUUAUGCAACUUAUUGGCACAGAAGAAGAAUUUAUGAAAAAGUUUGCGCCCAGUUUAGAAGAAUGCCAUACUUUGAAUAUAUUUGCUCAAAAUCAAGCAUUAAGAUUUCUUAGCAGUAAAAGAAAACAGAAAAGAUAUUCAUUCAUAAAAUCUAGCAUUACGGAUGAAAUGAAGGAUAUAUUGGCAACCAAUAUUUUGUCUCAUGUUCCUGUCGUAGACUUUAAUUUUAAAAUGAAAGCAACUUAUGCUGCUUUAAUGGUUCGUAAAGUUAUGAAAGCAGAAUCUGAUGAGAAACUUGUAGAUGAUAGAGAUUACUACGGUAAUAAACGAUUGGAAUUGGCUGGUUCUUUGUUGUCUUUAAUGUUUGAAGAUUUAUUUAAAAGAUUUAAUUGGGAGUUAAAGCAAAUAGCUGAUAAAAACAUACCAAAAAUUAAAGCUGCACAAUUUGAUAUUGUAAAACAUAUGAGACAGGAUCAGAUUACUAAUGGAUUGGCUUUUGCCAUAUCAUCUGGCAAUUGGACGAUUAAACGAUUUAAAAUGGAAAGGCACGGGGUUACUCAAGUUUUAUCCAGACUUUCUUAUAUUUCGGCACUCGGUAUGAUGACACGAGUUAACUCACAAUUUGAAAAAACUAGGAAAGUAUCUGGACCUCGAUCUUUGCAACCAUCGCAAUGGGGAAUGUUGUGUCCUAGCGAUACUCCUGAAGGAGAAGGUUGUGGUUUAGUUAAAAAUUUAGCUCUCAUGACUCAUAUUACCACAGAAAUUGAUGAAGAACCAAUCGUUAGAUUGGCUUUCAACUUGGGAGUUGAAAACGUUAAUAUACUUGGUGGAGAAGAAAUAAAUAAUAAAAAUGUUUAUAUGGUGUUCAUAAAUGGUAAUAUCCUGGGUAUAAUCAGAAAUUAUCAGAGACUAGUAAAAAUCUUUAGGUCAUUGCGAAGAAGAGGUCUGAUAAAUGGCUUUGUCUCUAUAUAUACACAACAUCAACAUAGAUGCGUUCAAAUUAGUUCUGACGGAGGACGAUUGUGUAGACCAUACAUUAUUGUAGAGAAUGGUAAUUCAUGUCUACAAGAAAAACACAUAAAACUACUUGAACAAGGAGUACAAAGCCUUGAAGACUUUUUACAAGAUGGUUUGAUCGAGUAUUUGGAUGUGAAUGAAGAAAAUGACAGUUCCAUUGCAUUCAAUGAAUCUCAUAUUAAUGGAAAAACGACGCAUUUAGAAAUUGAGCCGUUUACAUUACUUGGAGUUUGUGCUGGUCUAGUACCGUAUCCACAUCAUAACCAGAGCCCAAGAAAUACCUACCAAUGUGCUAUGGGGAAGCAAGCAAUGGGAACUAUUGGUUACAAUCAGCGUAAUCGUAUCGAUACAUUAAUGUACAAUUUGGUUUACCCUCAGACGCCUAUGGUUAAAUCCCGAACGAUAGAACUGAUAAACUUUGAUAAACUACCUGCUGGUCAAAAUGCAAUAGUAGCCGUCAUGUCUUAUAGUGGUUACGAUAUUGAGGAUGCUCUUAUCUUAAAUAAAGCUUCAAUUGACAGAGGAUUUGGAAGGUGUUUAGUAUAUAGAAAUGCAAAAUGUACGUUAAAGAGAUACGCAAAUCAGACGUAUGAUCGGAUAAUGGGCCCAUUAAUUGAUUCUACUACCAAAAAACCUGUUUGGAAACAUGACGUAAUCGACAGUGAUGGAAUUGCUGCACCCGGAGAACUGUUGGAGAAUAGAAAGGUAAUGGUAAAUAAAUCAUCACCGGCCGCAAAUAUAGGUCCAGUGAAUGCCGGUAAUGUUCAGAAGCAAACGGAAUACAAAGAUGUUCCAGUAGUUUUCAAAGGACCUGUUCCUGCUUAUGUUGAGAAGGUUAUGAUUUCCAGCAACUCAGAAGACGCGUUUUUAAUUAAAUUGUUGUUACGACAAACUCGGAGACCUGAAAUAGGUGAUAAGUUUAGUAGUCGGCAUGGACAGAAGGGUAUAACUGGAUUGAUCGUGGAUCAAGAAGAUAUGCCAUUUAAUGAUCAUGGAAUAUGUCCUGAUAUGAUUAUGAAUCCACAUGGUUUUCCUUCACGUAUGACUGUUGGUAAAUUAAUGGAAUUGCUUGCUGGUAAAGCUGGUGUUAUAAAAGGAGAAUAUCAUUAUGGCACAGCAUUUGGUGGUUCAAAAGUUGAAGAUGUUUGUCAAGAACUGGUGAAGCACGGUUAUAAUUACUUGGGCAAAGACUUCUUCUAUUCCGGCAUUACAGGAGAGCCAUUACAAGCAUAUAUUUAUUCUGGACCGGUAUAUUAUCAAAAAUUGAAACAUAUGGUGCAAGAUAAAAUGCAUGCUCGUGCUCGAGGACCGAGGGCUGUGUUAACGCGUCAACCAACAGAAGGUCGGGCUAAAGAAGGUGGUUUAAGAUUAGGUGAAAUGGAACGAGACUGUCUAAUUGGAUAUGGUGCUAGUAUGAUGUUGAUAGAGAGGCUUAUGAUAUCGAGUGAUGCAUUCGAUGUCGAUGUAUGUAACAAAUGUGGUUUGAUGGCAUAUAGUGGUUGGUGUCACAGUUGUCGUUCUAGUUCAUGUGUUUCUACGAUUUCUAUGCCAUAUGCCUGCAAACUACUGUUCCAAGAACUUCAGUCAAUGAACAUUGUACCUCGUUUAACAUUAAAAAAUUAUUGCGAUUAAUUUGAAAUAAGUUUAUUGAUUCGUAUAUAAAUUUGUAUAUAGUAUUUUGUGUGCGUGUAAGAAAAGUGUAUUUAUUAAUUUCUUUAACUGAUUCAUAAAAAGUAUUUUUUAUUUCAUAGGCUUUCGUAAAUUAA